AUGCUGAAACGUAUCGUAGCUCUGUUAUCCUUGACGAUCCUGGUUGUGGCAAACGACUCGCAGUGCGACACAGGAACUAUUAUGUGCUGUGACACGAAAUCCACGGUAGAUCACCAAAAUAUUGCUCAGCAAGUGAUUACUGACCUCCAUUCCGUAACAGUCCUCCGAGGCGGUAGAAUAUUUCGUGCAGGGGGGGAUUCAAAGAACGAAUGCUCGGGGGUUAGCGUUGUGGGCACCUCCCAAGGCUGCAGUGCGAACCAGGAACCCCUAUGCUGCGAAAAGGUCGAUACCAAUGGUCUGGUCAAUUUCAGUUGUUCGCCUAUUAACGUCAAUGCGUGA